GGGGCUCAUUUCCGGCCACCUCAGCGGGAAGCGAAGACGCAAGCAGCUAGACCGUGGGGAACCGAGGUAGGAGUUAACUGUUGUAGCGGCGGAGGAAGUCGGGAGGACGCCGACGGCCUUGCGGGCCAGUGUUUGGUCCCUUUAACCUGUGAAGAUGGUGUUGCUCACGAUGAUCGCCCGAGUGGCGGACGGGCUCCCGCUGGCCGCCUCGAUGCAGGAGGACGAACAGUCUGGCCGGGACCUCCAACAGUACCAGAGUCAGGCUAAGCAGCUCUUCCGGAAGUUGAAUGAACAGUCCCCUACCAGGUGUACCCUGGAAGCUGGCCCCAUGGCUUUUCACUACAUUAUUGAACAAGGGGUGUGUUACUUGGUUUUGUGUGAAGCCGCCUUCCCUAAGAAGUUGGCUUUCGCCUACCUAGAAGAUUUACACUCAGAGUUUGAUGAACAGCAUGGGAAGAAGGUGCCCACUGUGUCUAGACCCUAUUCCUUUAUUGAGUUUGAUACCUACAUUCAGAAAACCAAGAAGCUCUACAUUGACAGUCGUGCCCGGAGGAACCUAGGCUCCAUCAACACUGAGCUGCAGGACGUGCAGAGGAUCAUGGUGGCCAACAUCGAAGAAGUGCUCCAGCGAGGGGAAGCGCUCUCAGCAUUGGAUUCAAAGGCUAACAAUUUGUCCAGUCUGUCCAAGAAAUACCGCCAGGAUGCGAAGUACUUGAACAUGCGUUCCACUUACGCCAAACUCGCAGCCGUGGCCGUGUUUUUCAUCAUGUUGAUAGUGUAUGUGCGAUUCUGGUGGCUGUGAAGUCGCGAAUCCAGUCACUGGCAAGGGAGAACGUAGAACCUGACAGGUGUAUGUUUUCGGGAAACCGAGCUCACAGAGAUAUGUAUUAGAAUCCAACUGGAACUUCCGCCUCUAAAGACCUUGCGAGAAAAGACACAUCCUGAAAAUGAAAGGUCACACCUCCUUUCAUGCAGCUUAACCCCAUGUAGAAAGUCUCUUUUGGGGGCAGACGCUUUCUCUGGGUGCUAAGCCGUAUGUACGUUAGGGAACAGUAGGUCGUUGCAUUUUGUUUUUUCCUCUCCUAGUGUUUUACAUUUUUUUAAAGCUGCACUUACUGGGGCAUCUUCAUCCUCUAACAGAGCCAUCAGUGAGAUUGGGGUUAACCAACCUGUGCUAGCAGCAGUCUGAAAUUCCUUCAGAGAAGGAAGCCCUUUGGGAAGUUUUUGACGAUCUAAUCAACAUUCCUUUUGUCAGCGACAUUUGUGAUUUUCCGUAAUCUGAGUUUUCGAUGGCCUUUUCAACAAGACUCCAGCAUGUGAAGGUUCAUUGCUGUGUGUGCUGCAAAGAUCUUGUCUCUUGGCCCCGAUAGGAAGUUAACCUUUGUUCCCCUUUUGUAUUUUGCUUAUUGCACAAUUGCUUUAGGGUUAAAUUAAUUAUAUUAAGAUGCCUUGAAAUUAUAUUAUAGCACUCCUUGAUUAAGAAGCUAAAAUGUUUUCUGUCAUUUAUUCCUUAAAAGACUUAAGUUAGUUUGGGACAGUCUUUAUUUUCAGCAUCUGAUGUGUGUUAAUUAAAGAGGGAGGAUAGUACACAGAUAGCCAGAGGCCCCUGACUCAAUGAGAACAGACCGUGACUGCGGCUUUGUCCCUCCCCUUCCUCACUGUCCCCGCUCGUUUCCCCCACUCUCUUUCCUCCUGCCUCAAUUUGCUAACAAUUUAAAAACUCUUGUGCCCAAUAGUUUCAUGUCCCUUAAGUGUCCUCUCAGGACAGUCUCAGAUUUCAAAAUGGAGAACGUUCAGCUGUGUAGUUCAUUACAUUUAAGUUUUUGCAGAGUGACAAAAACUACUAAAUACGUUUACCCGGAACGUCUCUCAGAGCACCCCACACCUGCUUCAGUUUGUAGAAGUUCUCUGAGAAUGUUCUAGACAUAGAGAACUCAUUUACAGUGGCUUCUGUUCACAAAUAAAAGGACCUGCGAUUGUCCCCUUUUUGCUCAGGGAUAAUGGGGAUUUCCUUGUACCUUCUGAGACAGAAUUUUUAAAAUGCGAGGAUAGGCCUUUUAGAUAUGUCACAAGGGUCUGCGCUAUGACCUAUAACUCCUACAUAUACUGAAAAUAUUUCUUUAAAUUGUACAGGAAAAUGAGCCAACUUCUUACUUCUUAACAUCCUGAAAAAACUCCAACCAGUGAGCAAUUUUAUAAUGCUGUGGGGUCAUCAAAUCUACUGUCCUGAUUCCUGAUAGAGGAAAAAAAAAAUUCUAUUUCCUUCUAACAAGGCAAGGAGAAACACUUUUAUUCCUGAUAAUUUACAGAACUAGAAUAAAAUUUUUGUCUUUCCAUUUUGGACCUAAAUGUGCCAGUUGGCAUUUUGUGCAUGGAAUAUGAAAUUACUUUUUAUAGAGAAUAAGUGCUUUUCGGUCCCAAAGGCUUGUCCCUGAGUAAUGAUGGUGGUAACGCGAGCCUUCGAAAGGGGGAAAACCUGAGCAGUGGCGCCCUAGCGUCCGGUGCUCCUGGCACAGGGAGCGUGGCAGCUCGUUGUCGAGAGUUGCAUGCUGUAACCAAGUGGCCAGCAAUGAAAUAAAUACUUCUAGAAUGUU